UCUAACAACAAGAUUGUUCCUCUUACCAUUAUCAAGGGCGCCGGCCAUGAGCACAUCCCUAUCCCCGAGGGCGACUGCGCCAUUAUCGCCGACUUCCACUCAAUCAAAUCCCAGAGCUCACACUCUACCCCUUACCUGACCACUGGACUCUACCGUGUUGUGCCCGGACCUACACGAUACGGCGAGUACGACUACGAGGAGACCAAGUAUGUUCUCAAGGGUCAAAUCGACAUCACAGAUGAGGCCACUGGCAAGACCCACCACCUCGUCGCUGGUGACUGGGCCUUCUUCCAUGUUGGAUCCAAGGCUCAAUUCUCAACAAAGACUGAGGGUGUUGCUUUCUACGCUGUCACCCGACCAAUGAACGACGGCCACCCUAACCUUGUUGGCCGUGAGGAGAGCACUUCAAAGUUGUAAAAGUCAAUGCUGUCAUAGCCUA